CCGACCGCCCCCCGCCGCUGUCUGCGCCGCCCCCCACCAAGCUGUUGCUCGGGGGCAGCUCUGGCCACCACUUCCCGGUCGACAGUCACCGCCUGCAACACCAGCAGCAGCAGCUCCAGAAGGCCCAGCAACAGCAGCAGCAACUUCAGCAGCAGCAGCAACAGCAGCAGCAGAUACAGCAACAGCACCAGCAGCUUCUCCUCCAACAGCAGCAACAGCAACUACAGCAACAGAAACAACAGCAGCAACAGCAGAGCUUCCAACAGCAACGCCAGCAACAGCAACACCACCAACAGCAAAUCAACUUGCUCGCGUCGACGCAGCACAAUAAGAACCGCGCCGGCACGAAUGGCCCCUCCCCGAUCGGACACAACCACGCCAGCCUGGGACACGGCCGGCCUUCCUUGCCUCCCCCGCGGGGCUUCACGCCGUCUGCCCCCAGCGGCCCCUCCGGCCCCUCCGGCCCCGGCCCCGGCUCCAGCCCCGCCCCCGGCUCCGCGGGACCCACCAGCAUCCUCCGGCCAGUCACUCCAAGGCCCGUGUCGCACGUGGUGCUCCCCACGACGCUGUCGCGCGGGCCGCCCAAAGCCACGCCCAGCCCGCCGCAGCCUUUCAGACCGUUCCAGCCCGCGGUGGCCACGCCCAGCAGCCCGGGCCGGCAGCCUGGGCGGGACCCUGGGCGGGAGCCUGGGCGGGACUCGGGCCCCAGCCCGACGCCCGAGUCGGCCUACCUGUUGCACCAGCUCAAAGUGAACCAGCAGACCCAGGGGCAGCACCAGCACCAGCACCAGCACCAGCCGCAGCCCGCGCAGCCCGACCAGGGCGACUACUAUGUGGUCGGCGACGACAGCAAGGCGGAGGAGGACGACGAGGACGUCGAGGACGAGGAAGAGCUGGAAGACGAGGAGCCGGAGGCGCAGUCCGCGCCUGCCAAAUCGAACGUGCACCCGCGACUGACCCCCGGGCUGAGCCAGGGACCUCAGCAGUCCUUCUCGGCGUCCAUACAGCACCCGGCAGCCAAGCAGGGGGCGCCGCCCGCCCACUCCUCCAUCAGCUUCAAGCCCCUCUUCUCGACGGCGGCCGUGACGCCUGGCGUCGCGGUCGUGUCGUCUACGCGGACAUCCUCGUCGUCGUCGUCUUCCUCGUCCAAGUCGGUGUCGUCGUCGGGGCCCAGCGCGCCGGGUGGGCCGGGGCCUGGGAACGCUCCGUCCAAGUCGACCAGCCAGCAUGACUCCAUGCACCCGAGCGAGCUGGACUACGGCAGGUUCUUGUUUAGCUCGGGCAACACCACGGACGCGCAGGACGCCGUGGACGCGUACGAAGACUACCGCGACGACGUUGACGACGUUCAGGACGACCCGUUCUUCGACGACGUGCCACGGGUCAACGGCGCGCGGGCACGCACGAAGCGGGACGAUGGCCGGUCCCGGCAAGAUCGCCGUCACCACCAACAGGAGCACGGCGAGGAUCCCCUGCCAGCGGAGCCCGUCCGGGAGCCCGUCAGGCACUGGCAGCAGCAGAGGGGGCAGCGCGGCCGCACGCGCGUGUCGGCCCAGGCCCUCCUGCUGGAGCAGCGCGGGAUCGCCACCACGCCCGCCACCCCCGCCACCCCUGCCACCCCUGCGGAGCCACUCGAUGAGGGUGCCGUGGAGGACACGGGAGAGGCCGCCGUUCCGAAGAGGCGGGCGCGGCCGCAGGUGACGCGCGCCCGCGGCAGGUCGCGGUACGCCUUCAUGGAGGACCCGCUCGAGGCGCCGACGCCGACGCCAUCCGUGGAGCCGCUCACAUCAGACCCGCUCCCAGAGACGGAGUUCUCGUGCUCCGACAAGGUGGCCGGCGGCUUCUACGCCGACACGCAGGUCGACUGCCAGCUGUUCCACAUCUGCUCGCAGGCCGGCAACGACAGGCUGCAGGACAACAAGUUCAUGUGCGGGCCCGGGACGCGCUUCAACCAGCGCAGCCGCACCUGCCAGGCGCGCGAGCUGGUGGACUGCAGCGUGUCCACGCGCUACUACAACCUCAACGCGCACUUCCGCCUGCCGCCGCCGGAAGAGCCCGUGACGGUGCCGACGUUCGACUCGCUCAAGGUUGCCACCCGCAGGAAGCGCUCACCGCAGCGGAUCCGCCCGGCACUGCGAGGUCCGGACCGCGAGGACGGCGCAGGCUUCCGCUGCGCGGGGCCCGGGCUGUUCGCGGACGUGCUGUCCGGCUGCGCCAUGUUCCACGUGUGCCACGCCGACCCGGGGUCGAGUCGCGCUCACCGCGUGUCCACGCAGCCCUGCCCGCCGGGCCAGCUGUUCAACCAGGGGCUGGGCUCGUGCGACACCGAGGAGCUUGUCGAGUGUGAGCUGCUGGCCAGCGCGGACCAGGGCUUCGGUGGCGUGGCGAGGCGGGCGCGGCGCUCCUUGGCGGUGCUCGUGGACGUGGUCCAGGACGCGGUCGGGGAGGUGCGGGGGGAGAGAACGCGGCGGGCGCGCCGAGCCGCCCCGCAGGACAGUCCGCUCGAGUUCUACUACGCCGACUACGACGCGGCCGUGCCCGUGUCAGGGCGACGGGCGGACACCCACACCGACGGCUUCCCGCGGGCUCUGGCCGCCGGCGACGAGCAGCAAGAGUACUUCCGCUACAGCGACGCCGUGGCCACCGUGGGCACCCCGCUCACCACCACCACCGCCAGGCAGUUCAAUCCGGACGACUACGUCGACGACAACUACGAGCCGCUGAUCGAGCCCCAGGGCGUGGACAGCAAACCGUCCAGCUUGUUGCCCGAGAAGCACCCCGGGCCCGCCACGGCCGUGCCGCCCGUCACCGCCGUCGCCACGGCCUCGGCCUUCGUCGACGACGACCGGGGGGAGAGCGUCGAGAGGCAUGCGCCACUUUCAGUGGCCUCGCUGCGCGCCGACGACCCCCAUCAGCCCGUGGUGUACGCCUCGGACCUCGCCUCGCCGCGGCCUCAGCCCACACCCAGCACGGGCAUCGACAAGGACGCCGUGGCCGUGACUUCCAUCCCCCAGGUGGUCUCCGACAAACCCCCGGCCACCCUGCCGUCCCCUCCGGACGCCGGACCCUCCAAGUCCUCGACCACGGGGCUCGUCACGCCGAACAACAAUCUCUUGGACUCGGACACCCCGACAACGACACCCAGCAUGGCGUCGACCACGCCGACUGCAGCGAGCGCAAGCGGCGCGCACCGCUUCCGCGUCGGCGAGAAGCAGGAGGAGACGCUGGACCCUCGCCACGUGCCAUCUACAACAACAUUACCAUCCUCUCCGUCCACCGCGGGGGAAGGCCGCCGCCCCCUCGGGGAGCAGGAGCCGGCUGUCGCAGCCUCCGCGCCGCCGCCACCGAGGCGCCCGCACAAGAAGUCGCAGCCGCAGCGGUUCGUGUGCUCGGGCCGGGAGCUGAAGGCGUUCCACGCCGACCCGGCGGACUGCCGGCUGUUCCACUAUUGCUCGCCCGGCUUCAGCCGCGCGCAGCUGCUGGACUUCAGGUUCCGCUGCGAGGAGGGCACGGUGUACCAGCGCGCCACGCACCGCUGCGAGCCCGGCCAGUGCCCCUCCGCCCAGUGACCACGCAGUGACCACGCAGUGACCGCGGACCUAGGUGUGCCAACUUCACGACUUAAAAGUGUGUGCGUGUAUGUGUGAGGGAGAAUGUGUGUGUAUGUGAGUUUUUACGUGCGUAUGUGUGUAUAAGUAUGUCUCAGUGCCUGUAUGCUGUUGUGUAUUUUAGAGUACGAAUGGAAAUUAAUGUAUGCAUGAAAGAGUGUGUGUGAGAGUGUGUGCACUAGAAUGGUGUAAACGAGUGGCUCAAUCCUAAUCAUAAUUUCGAUUAUACUCUGUUAUUCUGUGUUGCCUUUCUUUAAGAUGAGUAUACAUGGUUCAAAUGUAUGUUUUUGAACUGCGCCAAUGUGAUAUGAAUGUGUAGUUGCGAUGUACGUAAUUAUCGAGAGGGGUCCUCCUGUGACAGUAGCGAAUUAUUGUGUCAAAUGCUACAUGCUCAGCCAGCAAAAGUCAUUUUUUAACGUAAUGAAGUUGUUUUUGCUGUGUUUCCGUAAUUUUAACCGUACUUGUCUAUGGUACCGAUUUUUAAAAAGUACAGUAAAUGCCCACUGAAAUUCGAUGACGACCUGUAGCUUGAACCCUGUUUUGACACUAUAAUUGCAUCUAUGUUAAUUUUCAGUAUUUGUCAUCGUAAGUUCAUUUGCUGCUAAUGGGUAGCUGUCUGCAUCUUUUGCUCCCUCAAAUCAGGUUUUUAUACGUCUUUGUUGAAAUAAAUGAUCAAGAUAUGUGA